GUAUUAUUUAUAAACGGAUUUAACUGAUGACGGCGAGUGGAUGAUCAUGGCUAACAACGCUUUGCAGUUCAAAACGAAUUAUGCCGUCUCCAGCAAAAUCGAACCGUUCUAUAAGGGAGGAAAAGUACAGAUAAGUCAAAAUGAGGAAUACAUUUUCUGCACUUGCGGACCACGCGUCAACAUAUUAGAAAUUUCUACAGGAAAAAUCAUACACAGUAUCGAGCAGGAUGAUCAGGAGGACAUCACGUCAUUCUCUCUCAGCCCAGAUGAUCAGAUGCUGGUCACAGCCAGUAGAGCACUGUUGCUGAAACAGUGGGACUGGAAGCAGGAGAAAUGCACUCGUUCCUGGAGGGCCAUCCACAAUGUGCCUGUGGCCAGCAUGACCUUUGACUGUACCUCCACUCUCCUAGCAACUGGAGGGUGUGAUGGUACUAUAAAAUUAUGGGAUGUCAUCAAGCAAUACUGUACACACAACCUGAAAGGCUCAUCUGGAGUUGUACAUUUGGUGCAGUUCCAUCCAGACAUUAACCUGCUUCAGCUGUUCUCCUCCUCUGUGGACUGUGUCAUUCGGAUAUGGGAUCUACGCACCAGCAAGUGUAUCUGUGUGCUAGAGAGUCACUACAGUGCUGUCACGUCUCUGGCGUUUUCACCUGAUGGAAGCACACUGAUCAGCUCUGGCCGAGAUAAAGUCUGCACUGUGUGGGACCUGAAGGAGAGGAAGGUGAAGAGGACUGUGCCUGUGUAUGAGGCUGUAGAGGGGGUUGUCCUGCUCCCCCAGGAUGAAGACUAUUCCCAUAUUGGGGUGAAGAGCAAAGAACUUCACUUCAUCACUGCAGGCAGUAAAGGUGUGCUGAGAGUGUGGGAAGCCAGCUCAGCGAAGUGUGUGUACACUCAGACCCUGCCAGCCAGUCCUGCCUCCGGCUCAGAGGGUGCGGCAGAGGACGAAUGGGACCCCCGGAGCCUGACGCACUGCCUGCCCAUGCCCCAGUCAGCCCGACUGGCCACAGUCACUGCUGAACAUAACAUCGUCAUCUACCAGCUGCCCUCAUUAACCGUCCGCCAACAGUUUGUGGGAUACAAUGACGAUAUCUUGGAUGUCAAGUUUCUGGGGAAGGAUGACACUCAUAUCGUUGUGGCCACAAACAGCUCUCAGCUGAAGGUGUUUGAGCUGGCUACCAGCAGCUGUCAGAUUCUCUAUGGACACACAGAUACUGUCCUGUCACUUGACGUGUUCAAGAAGGCACUGAUGUUUGCCAGCUGUGCCAAAGAUAGGACCGUGCGUGUGUGGAGGAUGGACCCAGAGACUGGACGGGUCCACUGUGUGGCUCAGGGCAGUGGUCAUUCUAACCCUGUGGGAGCUGUCGCCUGCUCUAGAUUAAACAGGAGCUUUGUGGUAUCAGGAAGUCAGGACUGUACCAUUAAAGUGUGGGACCUCCCGGAAACUCUUCCUGCUGUGGAUGGGGAGCCAGCCCAGCUGAGCGCACGGCUGACUGAGAAAGCCCACGACAAGGACGUGAAUAGUGUGGCUGUUUCGCCCAAUGACAAGCUGUUGGCCUCAGGCUCCCAGGACCGCACGGCUAAGCUGUGGUCUCUGGAUGACAUGUCCCUCCUAGGGGUAUUCCGAGGUCACAGGAGGGGUGUGUGGUGUGCCCAGUUUUCCCCAAUAGACCGAGUGUUGGCCACCUCUUCUGCUGAUGGUUCAGUCAAACUGUGGGGUUUACAGGACUUUAGCUGUCUCAAGACAUUUGAAGGACAUGAUGCCUCGGUCCUAAAGAUCAUUUUUGUGAGUCGUGGGACCCAGUUCCUGUCUGGCGGUUCUGACGGACUCGUGAAACUGUGGACCAUUAAGACCAAUGAGUGUGUGAAGACUCUUGAUGCCCAUGAAGACAAAAUCUGGGGUCUCCACACCAGCCGAAAGGACGACCUCAUGGUCACAGGCUCUGCUGAUUCUAACAUCACUCUGUGGAAGGACGUCACACAGGUGGAGCUUGCUGAGGAGCAAGCCAUGCAAGAGGACCAGAUCCUAAAGCAACAGGAGCUGUCCAACCUGCUCCAUGAAAAGAACUUUGUGAAGGCUCUGGGUAUGGCCAUCUCACUGGACCAGCCUCACACAGUACUCCGAGUCAUUAAAGAGAUCCGGCAGGGGGAGAAUGGCACGCAGCAGCUGGAGAACACCAUCUUAAGACUGAGGCUUGAUCAGAGAGAGUCCCUUCUGCGUUUCUGUGCGGUGUGGAACACUAACGCCCGUAGCUGUCUGGACGCCCAGGCUGUCAUCCAGGUGUUGCUUACACACAUAAGCCCAGAGGAAAUACUGCAGUACCAAGGAGCACGCAGCCACCUGGAGGGCCUGAUCCCGUACACUGAGAGACACAUGCAGAGGAUUGGUCGCCUGCUGCAGGGAUCGAUGUUUUUGAAUUACAUCUGGCAGAAAAUGAGAGUAACCGGAGGGAAAGACAGUGCCGACGUUCUGGAUGAGGAGAUGGACACCAGCCACAUGCAACCUCUGUUUGUGAUUGACAAUCAGCCAGCAAAGGAUGAUGCCACCACCACCAAGACCAGUCAACUGGAGGAAGAUGAGGAGGAUGAGGAAGAUGAAGAUUUAGGUGAUUCAAACAUCACUGAGGGUGUUUCUUUGGAGGAAGAGAGUAUCAGCGAGUCUAAAAAGGCCAGUGGCAGACAGCCAAACAGACAGAACGGAAUGAAUGGGAGGAGGAAAGAAUCCCAGUUGUCAAGUGAGGAAAGUGAAGAUGAAGAUGAAGCUAAAAUUCUCACAGAUUGUCACUCUACUCUGCCAGCAGUCACAGUGACUUACAUACAGACAGAGACCAGUUGAUAGACACUAGAUAGACUGAUCUAGGUUUCAGAUAUGAAUUUUGGCUAAACUUGACUGGACUGCAUUGUUGCAUUCUAAAGGAGUGGUUUAGCAUGACUCCUAAAUCACCAUCUCUGGCUGAUGAUGGUUCAGUCACCUCGUAGAUCGCACAAGAGAGGUGAAAGGCCUAUUUUUUCAUACCAUGCAAAGGUGCAGUCUAAUUCAGCAUAUCCUCAACAUCUGCAAAAAGAAGUCAAAGGAGUAAAAAAAACCCCAAAAACAUUUAUAAUAUAGCCGUGAAUUUUCUAAGUA